AUGAAGUCUCGUCGAGCCAGCUGCACUGACUCUGGUUCCGAAUCCUCCGAGCUGGACUCCAGGAGCCCCGAGAAGUACGAGACGGCCACGAGGCGACGGAUGGCGGCCAACGCCAGGGAGAGGAAGCGGAUGCAGGGCCUGAACACGGCCUUCGACCUCCUACGCAAAGUGGUGCCCCAGUGGGGCCAGGACAAGAAACUGUCCAAGUACGAAACCCUGCAGAUGGCCCUCAGCUACAUCAUGGCCCUCAACCGGAUCCUGACAGACGCCCGGAGGCACAACGCUCCUAGCAGGCAGUGGCUGGACCUGCAGUUUGACGUGGUGCAGCCUGAGAGCUACUCCUGCCUCAUGAGGUACGACCAUCCCACAGAGCAGGAGUAUGUCCACUCCUCCCUGUCUUACCAGUACGACGGCCAUCAGGUCCACGCAUAA